AUGGAUUCUGGAGGCAUGGCUGGCUGGAGAAGCGGGAUUAUGCUCCAAUAUUCGGUGAAGCAGAAGGUCACGGACGCGGUUGAGGAGAGGACAGGCACCAGCCGCAGGAGGCUUGUUGGUGGGACGGUGGUAGGUGAUGACAUUUUGGUUCAGAGCCAAAAGUAUGGGCUGGGAUUGUUUGCUAUAGGAAGCCUGCGAAUCCAACGAAGCCAAUGUGCUAUCUCUUAUGAGGUCUGGAAGUCCUGCGAUUCCUGGGCCGCAUUUGCUCACCCCCGCGAUGUCUACAAUACUCAGGGUGGAGAGUACUUGCUUAAUAAGCUCCAAGAGCACUUGCUCAAUUCACCAGUUCUACACCCAUACAGAGGUCUUCUCAAUUCGGGAUGGAUCCGCAUGGAGUUCAAGUCGAAAGACCAGCACACUGGCCAAGUUCGAGUCUACCUCCUACCAGACGAUGUGGGACGAGGCACAAUUGAUAGAGAGGUCACGUCUUUGCGCCGACCAAUGCAGCAGCUGCUGACACAACUCGACAUGUCAAAGUCCACAUGGAAGGGAGAGUGGGAUGAGAAUACACCUAUAGUACAUGCUGAUUCUUCUCUCGAUGAAGAGGAGGGUGAUAACGCCUCGCUCUUCCAUAUCUUCAACACUCUUCCAUCGCCAAACCCAGAUGCGGAGCUCGUCAAUGACUACUACGCCAAAGAUGCGAUGUAUAAUAUUCUUGACAGCAAUAUUCCAGGUUUGACUACCGAGCUAUUUAUGUACCAACGACGCUCAGCUGCAAUGAUGCUUCAACGCGAGGUACAGCCAGCCCAGCUUCUUGAUCCGAGACUCCGACCAAUGACCGACCAGAAUGGUAGUAGCUUCUACUGUGACUUGGAUGCCGGUUUUUGCGUGCGGGAGCCUCGCACUUAUGAGUCUGCAAAGGGUGGCAUUUGUGCCGAGACUAUGGGUCUUGGAAAGACUUUGAUUUGCUUAGCUCUCAUUCUCGCGACCAGAGCGAUGUCGUCUCAGAUCCCAAUCGAGUACUCAGUCGACACCAUACCUGUUCGAAAAACUACAGGGUCCUUGCUAGAUAUGGCCGCUGCAGCCAUUGGUCGAACUGGAACUCCUUGGCAGGAUUACUUUGCUCGAAAGAAGGCAGAAGGCUAUGAAUUUUCUAAAUGUCUUGACGCUAUUCAGAGAGGAAAGGGCUAUUACUUCAUUCCGAGUCCCGUACGACGUCGAGAAUCCCGCCACCCCGUCAUUGUUCCACCCCGUAAAGUCUGGCUCACUACUGCAACCCUUGUGGUAGUUCCGGCUAAUUUGGUCAAGCAAUGGGUUUUUGAGAUCAAGAAGCACACGGAAGGACUCAAGGUGCUUGUUAUGGACAAGAAUCAGGACCAACUCCCUCCAGCAGAGAAGUUGACCGAAUAUGAUAUUAUUCUGUUCAGUAGACAGCGCUUUGAUAAGGAAGCACAAGAUGGGAGCGACAAACUUGGGCGACACGUGUAUCGGUCACCUCUAAAGGAUCUUCACUUCAAGCGAUUGAUCACCGACGAGGGUCACACAUUUGGAAAUACAUCAAAAAGCUCAAUCACGGAAGCUGCUACAGUUGUUCAGUUCCUACAGGUCUCAGCUCGCUGGAUAGUAUCUGGAACCCCUACUCAGGGACUUUAUGGCGCGGAGGUCUGGAUGGCUAACUCGGAAACCUCUUCGAACUGCAAUUCUCCUGUCCGACCAAGCAACCCUAACAACCAAUCCGGAUUCGACUUGCAGAACAACCAUACCGGAAUUGUUCCAAACGUGGAAGACACAGAAAGCAACAAUGAAUUCUCCACGGAGCAGGAAAAGGCAUUAUACAAACAGGAACGCAAGGAUCUCGAGAAGUUGGGCAACAUUGCCACAAUGUACUUGAAAGCUCGUCCAUGGGCCAAUAGCCCCGAGGACAAUGAUGUUGCAAAUUGGUCACACCACAUGAUGCAGCCGCGCCAUGGCUCGAAGAGCCGCGGUAAUAUGCAUUGUUUGAGAUCGACUUUGGAAGGCAUGAUCAUUCGUCACAGACCAGAGGAUGUUGAGAAAGAUGUGGUCUUACCUCCUUUAAACCAGAGCAUCGUAUAUCUCGAUGGCUCCAUUCAAGACAAGAUGUCUUUGAACAUGUUCUCGAUGAUGAUCGUCUCCAAUGCCGUUACUUCCGAGCGCAAGGACGCGGAUUACUUGUUCCACCCCCGUCAGCGAGGAGCUUUGGAUCUACUCGUGAAGAAUCUACGCCAAGCUUCGUUCCACUGGUCUGGCUUUACUCUGGAAGAUGUGAAAGUCACGACCGACAUCGCAAAGGAAUUCUUAAAGAAUGGAAAAGUUCCUGUGAGCCCAGAGGAUAAGACUCUGUUGGAGGAGGCUAUUCAGGUUGGAGAAAUGGUUCUUUUGAACAGGAUCAGGAAGGCUACCAGCGAAUGGCAUGAAAUGCCCAUGUACAUCCAGAACGAAUGGCCGGAGGAUCUUAGAGCUGCCUGGUCACUUGAUGGUGAUUCCGGAAACCCAACGUUGAUGGGUGCCACGAUGAUCCAUACAUUGCAGAAAGCUGUCGGAGCUCGACUUUGUCAGGAAGAUCCGAUGGAAGGCCUCGUUGAAGCUGGAAGAACAUCAUUGAAAAGUGCAUAUCUGGCUGCAAACCCUAAGCCAUACAACAGACCAGUUAGAAAGAGAAAGCGUGGCCAGGCUUCAACGAAGCCCCCAAAGAAGGCUGACCAGGGCCCGCCAGCCCUGGCCGGUGGUGUCACUGUUUCAUCGGAGGAUGGACCAAGUCCAAGGAAGCGAGCUCGAGCUUCAUCACUUGGUGUCUCGAAUCUUGGGUCUUCGCGCUUGACAGCGACGUCUGGUAUGGAUACGACCGAACCUACCCUGAAACCAAAGCCCGCAAUCAAGGGAUUGGACAAGGCUGCAGUGGCUGGUACUCUUGAUCCAGCUUCACCUCUGACUACUACAUCCAUCAUUUCAACUUCUUCUGCAAAGCUAUCGUAUCUUAUGGAUCGCAUUACCGCCCAUCAUCAAACUGAAAAGAUAUUAGUGUUUUACGAGUCAGAGAACGUGGCUUAUUACAUCGCCCAAGCUCUCGAGUGCCUUCACAUCAAGCAUCUCAUCUAUGCCAAGACUCUUCCUUCGGAUCGCAAGUCUCAAUACGUUGUUACCUUCAACCACACCGAGACCUUCCGUGUUCUUCUUAUGGAUAUAUCACAGGCCGCCUUUGGUCUCGACAUGAGCUCUGCCUCGCGAGUCUACUUCGUCAAUCCAGUUUUUUCUCCACAGGUGGAGGCGCAGGCUGUUAAGCGUGCACAUCGUAUCGGUCAGACAAAACCAGUGUUUGUUGAGACCCUCGUCUUGAAUGGCAGUAUUGAAGAAGUGAUUUUAGAGCGUCGCAAGGAUAUGAGCAACGAAGAACAUAACAAAUGCAAAAAUAUCCUGGAUGACGAGAAGAUGUACGAUUGGAUUCGGAAUGUGCGCUUUCUGCCACUCCCAACUGGCGAGAUUCCUGGCCCGGAGCAAAUGGCGAAGUUGGAGACGCCUGAACUUGUCUUAGGCAGAGUUGCUAGUUCAGUCACUGGUGCUGUUCACGAUCCGGAUGCUGACCUGCUGACCGAGAUGCUGAGUCCAGAGGCAAAAGGGAAGAGGAAGGCAAAAGUAGCUUUCGGCGACGAGGAGGACACUCCGGGAACAAGUCCCCCGAUAGGCCCCAGGAUGAUGUCGACGCGAGAGGAAUACGAGGCUUAUUUGAAUUCUCAGACAGAGGAAUAUUCUUAUUCAUCCUCUCCCAUGGAUGAUGGAGAAGACGAAGAAGAUGAGGACAUUGAUGAUUUCGAGAGAUACAACAAAGCUACAAAAAAUCGACCUCAGCCUCAAUAUGGCGAGUAUCCUGACAUCAGCAAAUUCGAUGCCCCGCCUGCCGAUAAACCAGCACCUCCACGCCCCCCUUCGUCUCAAUCUACCCGAGGUUACUUCAUGUCUUUACAAGACAUGAGGAAACAAUAA